GACUGGAGCUCAAGCCCUUCUCCUCGAUUGACUUUCCCUGCACAAAUCAAUUUAGUCUUCAAAAAUGCUCAAGGGUACCAUCAUAGUCACCGGCGCCAACGGCGGGCUAGGCUCCGCCAUCGCAAACAAGCUUCUAUUAGAGGCACAAUAUGCCGAAUACCACAUGAUAUUCACCGUCCGCAACGUCGAAAAGGCAAAUGUUCUACAAGAAGUCAUCAACAGUCAUCGUGGCAAGGGCCUAUCUUCCUCUAAUGAUGUUGUGCCCCUGGACCUGACCAGCCUUGCUUCGGGCCGCAAGCUCGCCGACGACAUCAACGCUCGCGUUGCAGCAGGCUCCAUUCCGCCAAUCCGCGCCCUGGUGCUUAAUGCUGGAUGGCAAGAAUGGACGACAGAGAGCUUCACCAAGGAUGGCUUUGAAAUGGCCUUCCAGUCCAACUAUCUGACGCACUGGUUGCUCACAGUCAAGUUGCUGCAGAGUAUGGAUAAGAACAAGGGUAGAAUUGUCGUGCUGGGAAGCUGGUCACAUGAUCCCGAUCAUCCAGGAAACAACUAUCAGGGCUUCUACAAGGGCGAACAGUGGCGGCAGCUCCACCCAAACACCGAGGCCGUGGCCAAGGGGACCUUUAGCAAACCCGAAUCCCUGCCGGCCGGCGGACACGGUUUCCGUCGCUACGGCGCCGCCAAGCUCUGCCAGAUCAUGAUGGUUUAUGAGCUGCAAGCGCGGCUCGACGCCGACCCAGCGCUGUCCAAAAUCGCCGUCCUAGGCGUCGAUCCGGGAGCCAUGCCAACGCCGCUGACGCGACGAGCCAAUCCCUUCUUCGUGUUGGUGGGCCGCGCUAUAUUCCCUAUCCUCAUCUUUUUGUCGGGGCUGUUCUCCAAGAAUCCAGAAUUUCGAAGCUCAAAAAAGUCGGCCAAGGACGUCAUGGCGGCUGCUCUGUCGGAGGACGAGCCCUAUGGACACAGUCCAAAGGCUGUCUACUACAACGGGGACGAGAUCUCGACUUCGAGUGCUGAGUCGCGUGACAAGAGGAAGGGGCUUGAGCUUUGGAGAAGCAGUGUGGAAUACACCGGCUUGACAGAAGGGGAGACUUGUUUGCGGAAUUGGAGAUAAAAACGUUUCAUUUUUCUGUUUGCCAACUUUUUUCGUUUGUUAGGUAGCACAGGACUGGAAUUUAUUCAUGGCACAGUUCCCCAGAUUAGGUAGCCAUUUAUGGUGCAGUCGCCAGGCCCCUUCCC